GGGCGUUUCCACACAUGCAUGGGGCGCUGAGACACCCGCGCACCCGGGUCACUGAUCCUUACACCUGCCUGGGCGACCCAAAGCACUCUAGUUCCACCUGCCGGGAUGUAGCAGGAUGAUAGCGCAGACAGGAGCGACAGUGGACAGCGGGGAAGAGAGAGGCGGCCUGCCUGCCGGCCUGCCUCUCUCUGCUUUCCUCUUCUUUGCGAGCCGCGCCCGCCCCAUCCCCACCUUACCCGCCCUCUGCGGCCUUUGCCCGUGGCCCUUUAAAUCUCGUUAUUAUCCGGAGAUUCAUUUGUGCUGGGGGGAGAGGGAGGAGAACCCUGGGAGACAGGAGGGAGGAGAGAGGGGAGGGAGGCAGGGAAAGAGGAAGAGAGCGAGCGCCUCUGGCUGCGCUCUCUUGCUAUUAGAAGGGAGUGACUGAAGAGGCUGGCGAGUGAAGACACAGAGAGAGGAUGAUUUAGAUGCCUCUGCCUCUGCCCACAAGACCCACAACAAGGGAGAGGCUCUAGGCUGCAGCUACUCGGUGGGGUAAUGGCUGGGGCUGGAGAGUCGCCUCAAAAGCUCUGAAAGCCUCCUGCGCAGCCUUAAGGGACAUCCCAGAAGUUAGCAUCAGUGGGACUUGGAAGCUCCGAUCUCAACAAUUAUGGCUGGUGACUCUAGGAAUGCUAUGAACCAGGACAUGGAGAUUGGAGUCACCCCCUGGGACCCCAAGAAGAUUCCCAAACAGGCCCGUGAUUAUAUCCCCAUCGCCACAGACCGCACCCGUCUGCUGGCAGAAGGCAAGAAGCCCCGGCAGCGCUAUAUGGAGAAGAGCGGCAAGUGCAAUGUGCACCACGGCAACGUCCAGGAAACCUACCGGUACCUGAGCGACCUCUUUACCACCCUGGUGGACCUCAAAUGGCGCUUCAAUCUGCUCGUCUUCACCAUGGUCUACACCAUCACAUGGUUGUUCUUUGGUUUCAUCUGGUGGCUCAUUGCUUAUAUCCGGGGUGAUCUGGACCAUGUAGGUGACCAGGAGUGGAUCCCUUGUGUUGAAAACCUCAGCGGUUUUGUGUCUGCUUUCCUGUUCUCCAUUGAGACUGAAACGACCAUCGGGUACGGCUUCCGAGUCAUCACGGAGAAGUGUCCAGAGGGGAUCAUACUCCUCCUGGUGCAGGCCAUCCUGGGCUCCAUCGUCAAUGCCUUCAUGGUGGGCUGCAUGUUUGUCAAGAUCAGCCAGCCAAAGAAGAGAGCCGAGACCCUCAUGUUUUCCAACAACGCGGUUAUCUCCAUGCGGGACGAGAAGCUGUGCCUCAUGUUCCGAGUGGGGGACCUCCGCAACUCCCACAUUGUGGAGGCCUCCAUCCGCGCCAAGCUUAUCAAGUCACGCCAGACCAAAGAGGGGGAGUUCAUCCCCCUGAACCAGACUGACAUCAACGUGGGCUUCGACACUGGCGAUGACCGUCUCUUCCUGGUGUCUCCACUCAUCAUCUCACAUGAGAUCAAUGAGAAGAGCCCUUUUUGGGAGAUGUCUCGGGCUCAGCUGGAUCAGGAAGAGUUUGAAGUCGUGGUCAUUCUAGAAGGGAUGGUGGAAGCAACAGGCAUGACUUGCCAAGCACGAAGCUCUUACAUGGAUACAGAGGUGCUCUGGGGCCAUCGAUUCACACCAGUCCUCACUUUGGAAAAGGGCUUCUAUGAGGUGGACUACAACACCUUCCAUGACACCUAUGAGACCAACACACCCAGCUGCUGUGCCAAAGAACUGGCAGAAAUGAAACGGGAAGGCCGGCUCCAUCAGUACCUCCCUAGCCCUCCCCUAGUGGGGGGCCAUGCUGAGACAGGGGAGGAUGUGGAGGCUGAGCAGGAAGAAGAGGACAAGCCUGUUGGGCUGAGUGUGUUCCAGGAGAUCAGGGGCUCAGUGUGAAGGCUGUACUCUCCCCCACAGUCUCCCCUCACCAGCUUCCAUGAGCACAGGUGUUUCAGAGCUCUGGAGGGCAGAUAGAGAGGACUGGCUGAGUGUGCUGUAGGGAAGCUUAGCUGUGGGAGGGAACAGUGUUUCCAGCUCUCACAUCUCCCCACUCAAGGCCUCCCUGAGUGAGUGGCCUCCUGCCUAGGCCCCAUGAACAGUGAUGCUUCUUCUCUCAUUGCUUCUGUCAAUACCAAGUGCCAAGCCCAAAUGGCUUUCCCCACAGUGAAAGUUACAGAAUGGCAUCUGUCCUCUCUCUACCUGCAGGUCUCAGGGCACUUCCCUCCUUGGAUCUCACAGCCCCUUCCAGGGGCUGAUAUCAAGAGAGGGUUGUCAACCCUGAGGUUUGUUGUAGUUUCAGGAAGGAGAGAUUCUGCCUGAUGAAAGCUCAGACCUCCAGUCUAGAGAUAAGUUCACAGAUCUCUGGUGGGCUAAGGCCUAUGAGGCCAACAACCAUUUAUUAAGAGCUACAGAGUUCAAGGCCCUUGUUCAUCUCUGUUAUUAUCUGCCAAGUACAUGAGUUUUCCUCCGCUGUGCUCUGCGUGCCCACUGCAGCCUACUGGAUAAUGAGCUGGUUAGAGUGGCUCUGAGCUGCAGCACCUCUGAGCACAAGCACAGUUGGCAUCACAACUGCCUGGCCUGUUCCCAGUCACACUGUGCCCUGAACCUUCCACCCAAGGAAGAACCCAGCCUUUGGGGUUUCUAUAGGACUAUAGGGCCCAAGAAUUACAAAGUGAUUCUAACCUUCACUCUAGUUUUCUUUCACCAUCUCAGAGCGUCUGAGAGAAAGCUUCAGCCCCCCCCCCCCACACCCAAAGGGAUUCAGAGAGGAAAAGAAAAAAGAGAGAUAGGAAAACAUUGAAAAUUUUAAAUAAGCAUCUGCCUCAUUAUUGCCCAAACACUGACCUCAGGGUUCAGCACACUUUGGCUAUCAAGGUGAAUAAUGGGUUGUGAAGCAAAAGUGACGGGUGACCAUAAAAGCAGCUUUGCUGUCAAGUCCAGGCUGAACCAAAGUCUCAAGCUGGUGCUGGAAACCUCAUUGCUACAGGCUGGGCUCUCAUAGGGUGGUUGGGCGGUUAUGAUGCCUGGGGAGUUGGGAAUGAAUGGGCUGCUUCUUCCCACCCUGGGAACCGGAGGUGAGGGAGGGGAGAAUUGGGGAAGUGGAUGAAUGUUAAGAAAAAAGAAGUAGAAAAUAACCUUAAAAUCAACAAGUUCAGAGACUUUUCUCUUCCAGUCUGGAGAGCAGAGAGUACAAAUUGUCAGGCCAGCCAAGCAAGUGUUAAGAAAAACAGAAUUAUGAUUAAUUGGAAAGGGAGUUCACAGGUUCCCAGACACAGAAUUCUGCAGGAUUCUCCCAUGGCCUUCAUAGCUCUCACUGUUCUCUGAGAGUGGAAGCCUUUUCCUGUUCCAGAACUGAAGCACCUUCCCUGGGAACCACAGUGAGGCAGAAAUAAGAUAGAACAAGGGGACAUCUUGCAGAUCUCAGGCCCACGUUCCCCCACACUGGUGUCCUAGGUCUGAGGCUGGUGAGAAGAGGAAAAAGGUGGACUGGGACAGGAACCACAUCUCGUGGGCUACCCAACUCAGCUUGGCACUGGGGCUGGAUGUGGAGCAGUGGACCAGCAUAGCAGUGGGCAAGCAGGGCUCUUCCCACCGGGGACAGGAGGCUGGGUUGUGGUUGUUGGCAUCUUUCUGUGGUAAAGUAGAUCUUGCAGGGACUGAGGAAAGAGCUGGGAUCCCCCCUCAGGGGAAAGGGAAGUGAAGCCACCAAAGGAACCCCCGUGGGGGAGCUGCAUACAAUGGAGUCCAAGGCAGGGAGCCAGUUGCCAAGACUGGGUGUCUGGGCUGGGGGGAGCUGCAGCUGGAACUCUCUGGUGAGGGCUGGCACUCACCCCUGGCUAGCCAGAUCCCAGGCUUUCAGAGCAGGACUACUUGCACAACCCCUUGCCAGAUAUGAAGUUUGUCUUAGUCAGAAACGCUCAGUACCCCCAGAUUACACUCCACAAUGAGGCUGGCAGGCAAGGAAGCCACAGGGAAGCUGGUCACAUGGCUAGACAGUGUCCUGGUCCUGCCUCCAUUUACAAUUCUGAAACAUCCCCCAACAGGCUAUUAAAGCCUCUCUCUGGGGUUCUUUAAUUCUGCCAGUGACUUCAAUGAACCAGAGCCAAGUCAUACCUCUCAGCCAAUGUAGAAGCUAAAGAGUCUGUUGAAGACAAAGUGUCCAGUAUGUUCCUAUUCUAAAGCUCCCUGAUAGAUCAGAGCUGAUGUGCAAUGGGAUUCGUAAAAUACUAAUUCCAGUGUCCACAUUCUGAUUUCCAUCAUGGCCACCUACAUGCAAGAAAAAUGAACUUCAUAUCCCAAGGAAAUCCCCUUCUUGGUGACCAGAUGAUCUAACUAAAGUUUGAAAAGUUCUUCAAAACAUUUUCUGGAAAUUCUUAAAUAAAUAUGGACUUAUUUAACACAAAA